AUGGAUUCUCGAAUGGAUAUUCAACCAUAUGUCAUUCAAGCUAUUGAGCCUAAAAAAAUUAUAAAAUGGGAAUAUCAAUAUAACAUGAUAAAAGUAAAUAAUGGAAAAUUCCAUUCGAAGCAUCUUAAAAUUCCCGGCUGUAUGAUUAUUGAUGUUUGGCUCUAUUUUAUGGGAUUUUAUUCUAAAGAAGAAAAAAGUAGUCUCGCAUAUUACUUAAAAGAGUGUAACUUUGACAACAAAGUGGAUUUGCCUAUUCACUGCAUGAACAAAUAUUUUGAGAUGGUAUUGAAGGAAACAAAUGCCACAACGGCUGAGCAGAUGCACAAAAUAGCCGAGUAUUGUAUCAUUGAUGCUCUUAGUUGCUAG